AUGGAGAAGGCGGUCGAGGCAAACGCGGCUCCACCACCAUAUGAGCCGACACCGACUCAAAUUAACGGAACCGCCGCCUAUCCGACGCAGCCUUCUGGCGUCUAUGCACCUUCUGGCGUCACCGACAUACCCCCGCCAUCACCUGCCCAGGGCCCCAAUCGCCAGCCCAUCUUCCUUACCGCUCGCACCUGUGUGUAUGGGCCAGUUCCGGUGGAAAUGGACUGUCCACAUUGCCAGGUUCACAUCGUCACGCACAUGGAAAGAGUACCCGGCAUUUUACCGUGGAUCAUCUUGGCCGUGUGUGUGGUCCUCGGAUUUCUACUCUUGAUUCCAUUUUUCCUGUGCUGCGUGCCCUUCUGGAUCGACGCGUUCCUCGACGUGAUCCAUAGCUGCCCGGCGUGCAAGCGACAACUCGGGCGCUUCUCCAGGAUC